AUGGAGUCCAGAACAGCGACGGCAGAGCCGUCCAGCAAGCGACCUCGAUCACCGUCCGGCGAUUUCCCUCCCAUCGCUUCCAAAGUCCCGAAGACACAUUCGAACCACCUGCAGAUCAACUACCUGGCGCGUCAGUAUCCGGAUAAUCUUCCUCUGGUCUCCAUCGAUGAUACGAUGCCCGCAAUCAUUCACCUGAUCGGUGAAUAUGACGGUGUCCUCCAUCGUCAUGAGAGUAUCGCUGGGAAUUUAGGCGCAUGCCCUUUGGGGCCCAUCUUGAUUAAGCGCUUUGAGCGCCUUUUCGAUGGCCCUCCCCGCGUACUCAAAUCGCACGGCAAAGACUCUCCCAACAUUACCUGGCUAGACGUAGUGGAGUUCGCCAAGAACAAGCCAGAGCAGUUCAAUCUGGAGAAGACCCGCAAUGGUGUGCGAGUCUGUCAAUUCUAUACCAAGCAGUGUCGGGUGGAGAUCAGCGAAGAAGACUUCGUGCUGAUCGCAUCGGGAAUGCCGCAGAAAAUGAUCCCCCCGCAGCCGAUUAUUGAGGAUGAGGAGAAAGAGUUGGGCGCGCUAGAGAUUUUGGAGAAGAACCUCCAACAAAUUAUCCAGGUCGCAGACCAAGUGUCCGCGCGAGCGAGACAACUCAACCAUCGUCUCAAAAACCGAAGAACGGCGAUUGUCACCCGCCGAGAGAAUGAUUUAUCUCUGCAUUCGCAGUCGCAAUCACAAUCCCAACAACAGCAGCCACCACAGCAACAGCAUCGCUCCAUCAGCCCCGUUUGGCGCGACGCCAAUGGAAGUCAGCUUCCGCUGAACGGCAGCAGUCACUCGAACACCCAGUCUCCCUCCGCUGGCUUCGUUGCGGUUAACACCGGCCGGCCCGGUGGGGAACCCACAACUGAAGACAAUGCGCUGUCGCAACAGUUCAUGUUCUCGCACUCCAACACAGAUAAUGUUACUAUCAUCAACGGGACCUCCAUCAAAGGCGCAUCUCCGACAACGCGCGCGGAGCUGAUGAAGAAGUUCUUCACUACCCAGACCGACAAUCUCGCAGCUAUGAAGAAGGGACCGGAUCCCAAAACCGCCAAGUACAAUAUGUACACCCCCGCCCCAGCUACCGUCGCAAUCCCCAACACUCCGUCGUCGCUGCUCCCUCCACCCAAGUCCCACCACCAUGAGAAGGACGACGGCGGUCCGUUCAAGAUGGAGAUGGUUGCCCGCAUGGAGGAGCUGCAACGCGGCGAACGCAUACUGCCCCCAUGUGAUAGGUGUCGUCGCCUCCACAUGGAUUGCUUGAAGAACCUUACAGCAUGCAUGGGUUGCACGAAGAAGCAUGCCAAAUGUUCUUGGAAGGACGUCAAAGCGGAGGAGCUACAGGAGGCACGGGAGCAUCGUGAGCCACGCCCCGAUCCAAUGGCACGGGAGCGACCAGAGAGUUCGACCCCGAAAGAGUCCUUACCGACGACCACAGCACCGGCACCGAUGGCGCCAUCUAUCUCUUCCGCACCCACACCCCCUUCAGCUGUAGUGGUACCCGAAAUCGAUCGUCAUCGAGAGAUUGAGUACAACGUGCGCAGGGAGUCCGCUCCAACAGCGGGUCCCAUACACGGCACUUCACUCGGAAAGGAGCCGUCGCCCCGCCGGGCGAUGAGUGAGAUCCGGGGGGGCUCCUUAAGUCAUGACAGGCAUAUCGGUAUCAACCGCAACACCAACCCAGCCGCAGAGGAUGAUGACCCGGAUGCCAAUCAACGGCUGAUGCAGGCAAUCCUCGACACGGUUGACCACCAUGCGCGAGCUGCAGCCGCCGCAAAAGAGGGUGGGCAACCGAUGACUGAGCGUGAACGCGAGCAAGAACGAGACCGAGACCGGAAACUGGUGAAAGCUUAG